AUGGCCGGGACUCGCGGCGGCGGGGAGCGCUCGACGCUGUCUCAGGCCACGAUCCCCGGCGGAGGCGAAGCCCAGCGGGAGGAGUUCGUGGCCCUCACCGCGGUGCACACGGAGAAGACCGAGGGGCCCGCCCCCGGCAGCAGCCCCCGGCGCCUCGGGCUCCUCGGCACGCCGCUGCCCGCGCCCCGGGGGGGCUCCGGGACCCGAUCCGCGUCGCACAAGCGGUACCGGCGCCUGCAGAACUGCCUCUACAACGUGCUGGAAAGACCCCGCGGCUGGGCGUUUAUCUACCACGCCUUCAUAUUCCUCCUGGUCUUCAGCUGUUUGGUCCUGUCUGUGUUUUCAACCAUCCCAGAACAUCAAAAAUUCGCCAACCAGUGUCUCUUCAUCCUGGAGUUUGUCAUGAUUGUGGUUUUCGGAAUGGAAUACAUCAUCCGGGUCUGGUCAGCCGGCUGCUGCUGUCGCUACAGAGGAUGGCAGGGACGCUUCCGAUUUGCCCGGAAACCUUUCUGCGUCAUAGAUUUCAUCGUCUUCAUCGCCUCUCUGGCCGUCAUCGCUGCCGGCACCCAGGGCAACAUCUUCGCUACCUCGGCGCUGCGCAGCAUGCGCUUCCUGCAGAUCCUGCGCAUGGUCCGCAUGGAUCGCCGCGGCGGAACCUGGAAGCUUCUGGGCUCAGUGGUCUAUGCUCACAGCAAGGAGCUGAUCACAGCCUGGUACAUUGGGUUCCUGGUCCUCAUCUUUGCCUCCUUCCUUGUCUACCUGGCGGAAAAAGAUGCCAACAAAGAUUUCCUCACCUAUGCAGACUCGCUGUGGUGGGGUACGAUCACACUCACCACAAUUGGCUAUGGGGACAAGACCCCCCAGACGUGGCUGGGCCGGGUGCUGGCUGCCUGCUUUGCCCUGCUGGGCAUCUCCUUCUUUGCUCUACCUGCUGGGAUCCUGGGUUCAGGUUUUGCUCUCAAAGUCCAAGAGCAACAUCGACAGAAGCAUUUUGAGAAGAGACGGACGCCGGCGGCCAACUUGAUCCAGGCUGCAUGGCGCCUCUACUCAACGGACGUCAGCCGGGCCUACCUGACUGCCACCUGGUGCUAUUAUGACAGCAUCCUGCCAUCGUUUAGAGAACUGGUCCUUAUGUUUGACCACUUGCACCGAGCUCGCAACGGAGGGCUUAGGAACUCUGAGGUGAGGAGAUUCCCCGACGGAGCUCCACCGCCGUAUCACUCCUUCACCUCGGGCCUGAAAACCAUCAGUCCUCCGUUUUGCUCGGGGGAAAGCAAUAAGAUGGGCAUCAAGGACCGCAUCCGCCUGAACAGUUCCCAGAGGCGGGGGAAACAGCACCUGGUCCCGCCCCUCCGCCGCUCUCCCAGUACCGAGAACGUCAACGAAGCCACCAGCCCUACCAAGGUGCAGAAGAGCUGGAGCUUCAAUGACAGGACAAGGUUCCGGGCCUCAUUGAGGCUGAAGCCCCGGACGCCAGUGGAGGAUGGCCCUGCAGAGGAAAACAGCGAGGAGAAGGGCUACCAGUGCGAUUUGACUUUUGAGGACAUCAUGCCUGCGGUGAAGACGCUCAUCAGGGCAGUCAGGAUCCUCAAAUUCCUGGUGGCUAAAAGGAAGUUCAAGGAGACGCUGCGCCCUUACGACGUCAAGGAUGUCAUUGAGCAGUACUCCGCUGGACACCUCGACAUGCUCGGCCGGAUCAAGAGCCUCCAGACGCGCGUGGAUCAGAUUGUGGGUCGGGGAGCCAUCACUAUUGAUAAGAAGACACGAGAGAAAGGGGAGAAGGCGUCGCUGGAGGUGGAGCUGGUGGACGAGCUCAGUAUGAUGGGCCGAGUGGUCAAGGUGGAGAAGCAGGUACAAUCCAUUGAGCACAAGCUGGACUUGCUGCUGGGCGUCUACUCACAGUGCUUACGGAAGGGCUCCGUGAACUCCAUCAGCCUGACCGCCAUGCCGAUCCCCGCUGGGGAUCCCGACAUCACCUCUGACUACCACAGCCCCGUGGACCAUGAGGACAUCUCUGUCUCUGCUCAAACCUUGAACAUCUCCCGGUCGGCUAGUGCCAACAUGGACUAAGGUGGCAGCCAGUCUAGCGAUGUGACCGUCACACACCAGCCAUAUUGGGGAGGGGAGGCAGCGAGGGGACCUUCCUGCUUCCGGGGCAGGGAGGCGGGAUAGACAGACAUUGCCCGGCCGCUCUAACAGACCA